AUGCCGCAUUGGGAUUCUCAGUUCCAACGUGAUUGUCAGCUACAAAGCUCCAGGAAGGAUCAUAAUGGCGCAUAUUUGAUUGAUCGUGAUCCAAAGUACUUUAGAGUGCUGCUCAAUCACUUGAGGUCACCAAGUGCCGAUCAAGUGGUGAUUGAUGAUGGUAUAUCAUUGGCUGGCGUGUUACAAGAGGCUCACUUCUUCCAGAUCAGCACUCUGAUCAACAUUAUAGAACGACUGGAUUCCAAUCGUUCAGACUACACUCGCAAGGACAUCUUGCUCAACAAAGGCAAUCUCAAGUUCAACAAUAAGAAGCUGAUUGGCAUUGACUUGUCAUCAAUCGACUUCAUCAAAGAGGACUUUAGUUACUGCAACAUAUCCAACAGUAACUUUGGACAAUGUAGGAUAUCACAUUCAACAUUCCUUAACUCAAUUGGAAAGAACUGUUGCUUCGACAAUGUCGUUGCAGAGAAUACUAUAUUGUCAUCGAGUAGACUGUCAAAGAGCUCGUUUGUCAAAGCCAACUUGGACCACGCCAGCUUCAACAGUUGUAAGCUGCGUCGCGCUGACUUUAGUCAGGCCAAUUGUACAGGAUCGCUGUUCCAGCGUGCGAUCAUCACCAAUGGCAUCUUUAGGAAUGCCAACCUGGAGCAUGCCAAGUUCCAGAACGCAGACCUUACCGGCUGUGACUUUACUGGUGCCCGACUUCACAACUGCCACUUCACCGCAGCAGACUUGAGAUACGCCACACUCGAUUGGGCAAACCUUGGCGCAUACACUAGAGAGGGACAAGUACUGUUCAAGAAGGCCAAGAUCACAAGGCAGCAGUACGAAUUGGUGCCCACUGACAUUCGCUCCACUUUUGGUUUCAAGGUAGUUGUGGACAACAAUCUAAAGAUGUCAGACUCUGGCAUUAUUGUUGGAAGUGGCAGUGGCAUUGGCAUUGGCAGUGUCAGUGGCAGUGGCAGUGGCAGUGGCAGUGGCAGUGGCAGUGGCAGUGGCAGUGGCAGUGGCAGUGGCAGUGGUAGUGGUCACACACGCUACCCACCAACUUCACCAACAUCUCCAACAUCUCCAACUUCACAUACAACAACAACAACAUCAUCUUCUUCACAAUUGACACAUCUACCUACAGCCAAUGCUGCCGCUCCAACUACCGCGACUCCUGCUACUGUGACUACUGCUGUUACUCAACAGACACAACCACCAAUUCUGUUACAACUACAGCAACAACUACAGUGA